AUGGAUGAUUUCACAUGUGGUAGUGGUAUUGAUGGAGUUGGUGGUAGUUUUAGUGGUUAUGUUAGUAUUGGUGGUGGCGGUGGUGGUAGUGAUGGUGGUGGUGGUGGUGGUGGUAUUGGUGAUGUUGGUGGUGUUAGUAGUUUUGUUGGUGGUGUUGGUGGUGGUGGUAGUGUUGGUGGUGAUAUUUGUAUUAGUGGUGUUAGUGGUGGUGAUGUUGGUAUUGGUGGUGUUAGUGGUGAUGUUAGUAUAGGUGGUGCUGGUGGUGUUUGUUGUCAUGGUGGUGGUGUUGGUGGUGGUUUAUACCACGAUCUUGAUCUCCCGACCUCAAAUCUUCUAUCUAUGGAAUAUUGUAACAACAACUUCUGCAGAAUUACAACAAUUCUUGUAGAUUCAUAA